CUUUGAAUCAUUUAUUUUAAUUGCUAAUCUGAUGUGUGCUAAUAUGUGCACGGGGAAGAAGAAAUACAGGUUUUACAUAACGCAUUAAAAUUUGAAGCCUCACGAGGAACGCUAGCAACUUUGCGCCAUUGUUGAAGAGGAGCCUCACCCGAAAACAGAGGAGCAGACAUGGAGCUCAACAAAGUGGUGACCCUGUGGAUAUUUUGCUUGUGUCUCAUUAGAGGAAGCCGGACCGACAGGCCCGGUUCGCCCUCGGCGGAUCCUGCUGAAAAUGCAAUAUCAGAUUUCUGUCGCAUCGAUGAGCCGCUGUGCCGGGACGAGAACCCCAUGCUCAGCUUCGAGGCCAUCCGCAGCAUCCACAAGCAAAUGGACGACGACAAGAACGGCAACGUGGACGUCGUGGAGACGGACGGGUUCCUGAGGGAGGAUCUGAACUACCACGACCCCAAGGCCAAGCAUAACAGCUUCCACGGGGACGACCAGUUCAUCAGCGUGGAGGAUCUGUGGAAUACCUGGAAGGGCUCGGAAGUGUACAACUGGACGGUGGACGAGGUGGUGCAAUGGCUCAUCACCUACGUGGAGCUGCCGCAGUACGUGGAGGCCUUCCGCAAGAUGAGCUUUAACGGCAGCGCCAUGCCCAGGCUGGCCGUGAAGAACACCACGCUGACGCAUGCCAUCCUCAAGAUCCUGGACCGUAGCCAUGUUCAAAAGCUGCAGCUGAAAUCUCUGGACACCGUGCUGUUCGGAGCGCCCCUCAUGAAUCGACACAACCACCUGAAAGAUUUCAUGCUGGUGGUGUCCAUCGUCAUCGGAAUGGGCGGUUGCUGGUUCGCGUACAUCCAGAACCGCUACUCCAAGGAUCACAUGAAGAAGAUGAUGAAGGACCUGGAGGGCCUGCAGAAGGCCGAGCAGAGUCUGCACGACCUGCAACAAAAGCUGCAGAUCGCCCAGGAGGAGCACCGCUCGGUGGAGGUGGAGAAGGUCAACCUGGAGCAGAAGCUGCGGGACGAGAUCAGCACGGCCAAGCAGGAAGCCCAGCGGCUCCGGGAACUGCGUGAGGGCACCGAGAACGAACUCAGCCGACAGAAGUAUGCCGAAGAGGAGCUCGAGCAGGUGCGCAUGGCUCUGAAGAAAGCCGAGAAGGAGCUGGAGUCGCGGAGUAGCUGGUCCCCUCCCGAAUCGCUUCAGAAGUGGCUGCAGCUCACCCACGAGGUGGAGGUCCAGUACUACAACGUCAAGAAGCAGAACGCAGAGCGCCAGCUCCUAGUGGCCAAAGAGGGGGCAGAGAAGAUCAAGAAAAAGAGGAACACCCUCUUUGGGACUUUCCACGUGGCGCACAGCUCGUCCCUGGAUGACGUGGACCACAAAAUUUUGGCGGCAAAACAAGCGCUGGGCGAGGUGACGGCCGCCCUGCGCGAGCGCCUCCACCGCUGGCAGCAGAUCGAGCUGCUGACCGGCUUCACGGUGGUCAACAACCCGGGCCUGCCGUCGCUGGCGUCGGCCCUCAACCUGGACCCCAGCUUCAUGGGGGGGCGGGCCACGCCGCAGCACUUCCUCGUGUCCGACGACAUGGACGACCUGGACGAGGACAUCCUGCCCGCCGUGCUGCAAUCUCCCAGCAUGAUGUCCCUGCGCCAGCGCCACAUUGACCCCCACCUGGCUUUGAGCUCGCAGAGGUUGGUAGAGGGUUCCCCGCCGGAGGGCCAGCAGGGGGAGGGAGCCUCGCACCCGGGUCCCCCCCGUCCUCGGCCCGCCUUCCGAGAGUCCCGGAGCCAGUCUUUCGGGCACCUGGAGAGUCUGUGUCUGCCCCCGCUGUCCUCCGCCGUGUCCCACCCCGCCAUCAUCUGUAGCUCGGGCGCCACUGCGCAUUCCUCCUCCUCUGUCGCCCCUCAUUCCUCCCACCUUCAUCAGCCUUCUUUCCAGCCCAUGGACCCGAUUCCCGACCUCACUUUCUCCGACGACUCGGAAGCGCACUCGGCGCGUCGCGACAGCUUCGGGGACCUGAAUCGCUCCGACUCGGACUCGUCGCUGUCCUUGUCGGCGUUUUCCUCCAAAGGCCUCCUGAUGAAGCCCGUCUCGCUGCUGCACGGCUUGCCCAACGGCGGCGCCCGGCUCCACGAGGGCGGCGCCGAGCACCUGCCCGACAGCCCCGUCCUCAUGCGGAGGGCGCAGCAGCAGGAGUGGGCGGCGGCGGGCGACGCCCACAGCCCCGCCGAGUCCACCCGCUCGCUCAGUUCCACCGAGCCGGAGACCCCCUCGCCCACCUGGGCCAAGGGCGCCGCCACCCGCAUCCCGCAGCUGGCGGCCAAGAAGAGCCCGCUGGAGGAGGACAGCGGCUCCACGGGCGAGGAUACGGAUUCCGCGGCCGGACGCAAGAAACACACCUUCAAGAUCUUCAAGAAGCAGAAGAAAUGAGGUCUCCCACCCCUUUUUUUUUUCCCCUGCGUGUCUUUUUUUUAAUUUUCCUGCGCUGCUUGUUCCAACCUUCUGGACUGUGGGAGCAAGCAAGCGCUUAUCGUACUCACAAAAAAGUUUGCCUUCUGCGGCUGUUGGCUGAAAUUCCACCACGCUAUCCUUUCUAAAAAACACGGAAUGAGCACUUUAAAUAUCCAUAAGACAAAAAUAAAUCCUCCUCUCCAAAAAAUGGUGGAUAUUUUUAAGAGAAACUUGUCAGCCAAUCAGAGAAGGGGCUUCCCCAAGAGGGCUGAGGAAUAACCACCUCAAAUUUGAAGGGUCUUUUUCUGACCACAGUGACCGAAGGCGACGGCACACACACAAAAAAAAAAAACAUUCCUCCCAAAGGCCAUUUUUUGCCUACACACGCCAAAAAAAAAGUGCAAUUUCUACACAAGGCUUUAGCUGAAUUUAAGAAUCGUUGCCGCGUUGUAUUCGGGUUCAAGUGACCUUUCCUUACCGAGCUUUUCAUUUUGACCGAUUUUCAUUUUGGGGGAAAUCCCGUCAUGUAGUGCGCGUUGAUCCAGAAAUGUUAGCCGACAGCCGCAUAUUUCGAACUUUCCAUGAGUUGUGCGAGUGUGCAUUUGUGUGUUUUGGGGGUGAUGCAUUGUCAGAGUAAUUUAUUCUAUGCCACUCUCAAAGGGAAACAACCAUUUUUUCCGUGCAUGUAUUUGGUUUGAGUGCUGACAAUUUUUUCCCCCCUCAUUUUAUCGCAGACUCAUCGAUGACUCAAAAGGGGACAUCGAGUGCGAGCGAUACUUUUUUUUUUUUUUUUGUGGCCUUGUAACCCAGACAAAAAGACCCUGCGGUAUUGAAACUGGGUCGGCCAGCGGUUCUUUAUUUUGUGUGCAAAGCUCUCGUUUGAAGCAACUAUUUAUUUGAACGGGCACCUUGUGUCCUAAGGAGAAAAAAUGUUACCAAAAAGAAACAGUCGUAACGUUCGAGGUCCUCAUACACAAAAAUAGUUU